AUGGAUCCCUUCAGCGGGACAGCCAGCGCGAUCGCCAUUCUUCAAUUGAGUGGCACAAUCAUCGCAAGUUGCUAUAACUAUUUUUCUCGUCUGAAAAGCGCAACGAAGGACGCCAAAAAAAUCAUUAACGAGCUGAAUAGUUUACGGACAGUCAUCGAAUCGCUCCUAGAUAUUCUUGAUGAGGAGGAUGAUGCAGGUCUAUCUAAGUCUAUACUCGAAAAGCUCGCUCAAGAAAAUGGCUCACUAAACCGCUGCCAGACUGAUCUGGAGGAAUUGAGUCGAAAACUUGAACCCCAACAAGGCUGGCGACAUGUGAAAGCAGUCGCGAUGUGGCCGUUAAAGGAAUCUGACACGCAAAAGGUGCUAAGCAAUAUUCAGGAUACAAAGUCUACGAUUCAACUUGCUCUGGCUUUGGAUCAUAGGAAAGGUCUAUCAAGCUUAUUGAGCAGUGUUCAGUCUCUACAGCAAACCAUAACCUCGACUGCGAAGAAUACCCUUCGAGAAGAGAUUCUCAAAUGGCUUGGAAAUACAGAUAGCAUUUCAAGUCACUUGGGGGCACAAAAAAAGCGCCAAUCAGAGACUGGCUUGUGGCUGCUUCAGUCAUCCCAAUUCAAUCAGUGGUACCGGAACCCACAAUCAUGGCUGUGGGUACAUGGCAUUACGGGAUCUGGAAAAACAGUCAUUUGCUCGACUAUAAUCGAUGAAAUUCAACGUCGCAUAGGCAAAGAUCCAGAAAGAAUUCUCGCAUACUAUUAUUUUGAUUUUCAAGAUAGGGAGAGAGAUUGUCAGGCGUUUCUCAAAUCGAUAUUGUUUCAGCUCGCUGUUCAGCAAUCUGCUAUUCCGAAUUCUUUACACGCGUUCUACGACAAGCAUCGUCAGAAGCGUCAACUAUUGUCCAUUGAUUUAUUGAACAUAAUUGCAUCAAUAGCUAAGGAAUUGGAGAAUGUUUAUAUUGUUGCUGAUGCUUUGGAUGAGUGUACAGACAGACAAGAUAUUUUGGAUGUUAUCGAAGAGAUAAAUGGCGCGAGCCUCAAGAAUAUUCAUAUAAUUCUGACGAGCCGGCCUAAUCCCGAAAUUGAGUCGUCUCUCUCGGCCUUCCUAACGCACCAGAUCAGUCUUGACCAGAAACAUGUCGACGCGGAUAUUGCGCUGUAUGUGCGAGAUGUGCUCGAAAAGGACCAGAAGCUAUCGAGGUGGCCAUCGAGUGUCCGGCAACAAAUUCGAGAAAAGUUGGAGACUGGAUCUUGCGGCAUGUUCCGCUGGGUUGUUUGUCAGUUCGAUACCCUCCGGCAAUGUCUAACCGUCAGCGAUGUCACCAAAGAGCUUGAAAUACUCCCCAAGAGUCUCACAAAGACGUAUGAAAUGGUUCUUCUUCGUAUUCCCGAUGCUUAUCGAAAUAGUGCACAUAGGCUCCUUCAAUGGUUAGCUUUCUCUGGACGCCCAACAAGGAUCCACGAGGCCGCAGAAAUGCUUGCUGUCGAUUUGGACAAACAAAUCUAUGAUCCUAAUCAGAGACUUCUGAACGCCGAAGAUAUUAUGCUUCUUUGCUCUUCGCUUCUUGCCAGAGGCAUAGCUAUGGAUGAUUAUGUAUUCAAAGACCCGACUAUGAAUUUACAAUAUCGCGAGGAAGAAAUUUCCAUCACGCAGCCGAACAACUCAUGGAUUGUGCAAUUGGCGCACUUCUCCGUAAAAGAUUACAUCGUCGCCAACACUACUAAGACCGGACCCACAGGAUUCUUUUUUGUCAAUCCAAGACAGUCCCACUUGGUUAUGAUGGAAACUUGCCUAAUAUAUCUCUCCCAACCUUCGUUUGACUAUGGUUACUCUGACCACAAACAACGUCUAGAGCGAUUUCGAGAGUGGCCACUCUACCAUUAUGCAGCAUUUUUCUGGCUCUAUCAUUGUAAUCGUAUCGGAGACGAUUUUCCCGAUCGAAGCUGGUCGCUGUUGGAACGUUUCUUCGAAACAAGGAAUGUUCCCGGUGGUGGAAAUUUCGUUGCAUGGAUUUGCACUUUAUUUCCGAAUCUUGAUAUCGAACGUGCAGGAGAAAGCGAACCUCUGUACUAUGCUGCUUCGUUUGGAAUUCUUCCUCUGGUGAAGAAGCUAUGUUCCUUAGGUGUCAAUGUCGAAGCGCCUGGAGGUCGGUUUAGGUCGACUGCUGUUCAUGUCGCUGUCUAUCGCCGUCAGAUCGAUGUCGUACGAUUCCUUCUUGAGGAGCAUGUACCUCCAGCAAAUAUUAAUGCGCGUAAUAGCAUAGGCGAGAUGUGUCUUAGCUGGGCAGAAGACAAUGACGAUCAAGAGAUGAGGAACCUGCUGAAAAAGCAUGGAGCUAAGGAAUCACCCAAACGUUCAUCCACGAGGAAACUUCACUUCAACCGCAAAGCUUAG